GUCACAACUCAGGUUCGGUGUGCCGAGAGCGACCCUCCAGAACAGGCGGGAAUAGUCGAAAUAGGAUAGCGUCGUUUCUCUUAAAGUGACAGGCUCAAGGCAAUUGGGGUCAACUCAGCGACUGUGAGGGCGACUUAACUAUUCUGAAUCCAAUUCAGGAUCCCAAUCUCAGUUUCCACCCGCUGGGGAAGGGGCAAGAAGAAGUGGAUUGUUUCCCAGCCGAGGGGAAGAGAACCUUAGACAACCCGUUCCAAGAGCUUGAGAUCUGAAACGAAUGAGGCACAGCCCUGCAACUUCUGGAACCAAGACCAUACUCGAGUUUACCCCACUCUCAAGCCAGGAGGGAGAAGAGCGAAGAAAAAGUGAAACUCCACCCUCCACCUCUGCCUCCCGCCCCCAGGGCCAAAGUACAAAGGGAGGAGGAAGAAGGGAACGGGGGUUGGAGCCGUCGGGCCGAGGGAGCCGGGCCAGGAAGGGGCAGCUGGGCCCAACCAGGGACACUCCAGCCACCCCUACGCUAAAAGAACCAACCGGAAUCCAGGCGCUGCCCCUCGCUGGCCCCACCUUACACUUGGUGGUUGCUGGAGCCAGCCUCCCAAGACUGCUCCGGGAGUGAGGGACACCUGGGCCCUUCUGAGCUGGCAAUGGUGAGACGCCGGAGACCCCCGGGUCCCAUCCCCGGAGCCUGACCACACUGCCCUGGGUUGCCUUCCUCUAGAAGCCCGAGAUGCGGCGGGCUGGGAGGCAACACUCCUGGCUCCCUACAGAGGCGUGGGUCUGGGGCUGAGGGCCAGGACGCGGAUGCCCAGAUUCUGGGACUAGGGCCUCGGCAGCCAGCAAGGGUGGGGACCAGGGGCACCCAGGGAAGGUCCCCUACACGCCCCAACGCCGGCUCUCAGCCAUGGAGCCCUUGAAGAACCUCUUCCUCAAGAGCCCACUGGGGUCAUGGAGCGGCGGUGGCAGUGGGGGCGGAGGGAGCAGCGGCGGAGGCUGGCCAGACGGGUCCCCGAAAGCAGCGGCUUAUGCCAACCCUGUGUGGACAGCCUUGUUUGACUACGAGCCCAAUGGACAGGACGAGUUGGCCCUGCGAAAGGGAGACCGUGUGGAGGUGCUAUCCCGGGAUGCGGCUAUCUCAGGCGAUGAGGGCUGGUGGGCGGGUCAGGUGGGUGGCCAGGUAGGCAUCUUUCCGUCCAACUAUGUAUCUCGGGGCGGCCCGCCCCCAUGCGAGGUGGCCAGCUUCCAGGAGCUGCGGCUGGAGGAGGUGAUCGGCAUUGGUGGCUUCGGAAAGGUCUACCGCGGAAGCUGGCGAGGCGAGCUGGUGGCUGUGAAGGCAGCUCGACAGGACCCCGAUGAGGAUAUCAGCGUGACAGCUGAGAGUGUGCGUCAGGAGGCCCGGCUUUUCGCUAUGUUGGCACACCCCAACAUCAUUGCCCUCAAGGCUGUGUGCCUGGAGGAGCCCAACUUGUGCCUGGUGAUGGAGUACGCAGCUGGUGGGCCCCUCAGCCGUGCCCUGGCUGGGCGGCGUGUGCCCCCCCACGUGCUGGUCAAUUGGGCCGUGCAGAUUGCCCGUGGGAUGCACUACCUGCACUGUGAGGCCCUGGUGCCUGUCAUCCACCGAGACCUCAAGUCCAACAACAUUCUGCUGCUGCAGCCUAUUGAGGGCGACGACAUGGAGCACAAGACCCUGAAGAUCACUGACUUCGGCCUGGCCCGAGAGUGGCACAAAACCACACAAAUGAGUGCUGCGGGCACGUAUGCCUGGAUGGCUCCGGAGGUUAUCAAGGCCUCCACCUUCUCUAAGGGCAGCGAUGUCUGGAGCUUUGGGGUGCUGCUGUGGGAAUUGCUGACUGGGGAGGUGCCCUACCGUGGCAUCGACUGCCUUGCUGUGGCCUACGGAGUGGCUGUUAACAAGCUCACACUGCCCAUCCCGUCCACCUGCCCUGAGCCCUUCGCACAGCUUAUGGCUGACUGCUGGGCGCAGGACCCCCAUCGCAGGCCCGACUUCGCCUCCAUUCUGCAGCAGUUGGAGGCGCUAGAGGCGCAGGUCCUGCGGGAAAUGCCGCGGGACUCCUUCCAUUCCAUGCAGGAAGGCUGGAAGCGCGAGAUCCAAGGCCUCUUCGACGAGCUGCGGGCCAAGGAAAAGGAACUACUGAGCCGCGAGGAGGAGCUGACCCGAGCGGCGCGUGAGCAGCGGUCACAGGCGGAGCAGCUGCGGCGGCGCGAGCACCUGCUGGCUCAGUGGGAGCUGGAGGUAUUCGAGCGCGAGCUGACACUGCUGCUGCAGCAGGUGGACCGCGAGCGGCCCCACGUGCGCCGCCGCCGCGGCACCUUCAAGCGCAGUAAGCUCCGCGCGCGCGACGGCGGCGAGCGCAUCAGCAUGCCACUCGACUUCAAACACCGCAUCACUGUGCAGGCCUCGCCCGGCCUGGACCGGAGAAGGAACGUCUUCGAGGUCGGAUCUGGGGACUCGCCCACCUUUCCCAGGUUCCGGGCCAUCCAGUUGGAGCCUGCAGAACCAGGCCAGGCAUGGGGCCGCCAGUCCCCCCGACGUCAGGAAGACUCAAGCAAUGGAGAGCGGCGAGCAUGCUGGGCCUGGGGUCCCAGUUCCCCCAAGCCUGGAGAAAUCCAGAAUGGGAGGAGAAGGUCUCGCAUGGACGAAGCUACCUGGUACCUGGAUUCAGAUGAUUCAUCCCCCUUAGGAUCUCCUUCCACACCCCCAACGCUCAAUGGUAAUCCCUUGCGACCGAGCCCGGAGCCAGAGGAGCCGCGGCGGCCGCCGGCGGCAGCAGCAGCAGAACGCGGUAGUGCCCUGUUGAGCCCGGAUGCCCCUGGUCCCCCCACCCCCGUCCCCCUCUUGCUGGAGCUGGGUGUCCCCUCGGGCCAGCCGUCAGCCAAGAGCCCCCGGCGCGAAGAAGAGAGACGCGGACGUACUGUCUCGCCCCCACCAGGAAUAUCUCGCUCCGCUCCUGGCACCCCGGGCACCCCACGCUCACCGCCCCUGGGUCUUAUCAGCCGACCUCGGCCCUCACCCCUUCGCAGCCGAAUCGACCCAUGGAGCUUCGUGUCAGCCGGGCCACGGCCUUCACCCUUGCCCUCACCACAGCCUGCGCCCCGCCGGGCACCCUGGACCUUGUUCCCGGACUCAGACCCCUUCUGGGACUCUCCACCUGCCAACCCCUUCCGGGGGGGCCCUCAGGACUGCAGGGCGCAGACCAAAGACGUGGGUGCUCAGGCCCCAUGGAUGCCGGAAGCAGGGCCUUAAGUGGGCUGGGCUGCUCCCUGCCACUUCAGCAGCCCUAGAAGAGUCACAGUAUACACUGGAAUAGGAGCCCGGCAAGCCUCUGUAGCUGCCUUGGUUUCCCCAAGGGACCCCGCCCCCUUUGGGGGUCAGGAACACUACACUGCACAGGAAGCCUUCACACUGGAUGGGGGCCUGCACCCCCCACACACCUGCAACCUGUGGGUCUCUCAACUUACCUGCCCCACUGGGGCCCAACACUGUACCCAGCUGGUUGGGAGGACCACAGCCUGUCUCAGGGAAUUGCCCCCAGGGGUGGUGCCGGGAGGAGGGGAGGUGCGAGGGAGAGGGGCCAGCCUCAGCUGUCACCAGCACUUUUGACCAAGUCCUGCUACUGUGGCCCCUGCCCCAGGGCUUAGUGCCUGGACCCCCCUGCCCUGGGGGUUCUCUGGGUGUCUUCUUGCUGCCCCGGCCAGGGUCGGGGCCUCAGCCUCGGGAUCCAAUGAAGCCAAAUAAACUCCCCAAACACA